UGUCCCAGAACCGAGAAACUGCUAAUACAAACACAUAUAAACACACACACAGACACACACAACCUCCGUCAGCGUACAGCACAACGUGAAAGAGGAUUUUCACUAUUUGGAAGGACGUUAACUCAGUCAUUUAUUUUAUAACGUUACCAGUUGCGUGUUGGAUCAUUCGGCGGAAAGUCAUUAUUUGUGUUUUAAGGAGUCUCACACUCCGAGGGCGCUCGCUCUCUACCUCCUUUCUUGCCAAGAACUCUCUCAGGCUGGGAAAAAUCUGGCGAACUUUUUUACUUCAAACUUGGACAUACCCUCUCAACCCGCUUGGAGACUUCUCGAUUUUUCCAGGGAGUUUUAUAAACUGUUUUUUUUCCCCGAACAUGGGUUGGAUGUGGACAUUUCCUGCUCGAGCUGCCCUACUGUUAUUCACAGCACUGUUAAGCGUGCAACUCGGCGUCGCACGCGCAUUUGGGGACGAGGAAGAAAUGACGUGUGACCCCAUUCGUAUUUCGAUGUGUCAGGAUUUGGGAUAUAAUGUGACCAAGAUGCCCAAUCUGGUUGGGAAUGUACUACAAUCUGACGCUGAGCUCCAGUUAACCACUUUCACACCACUGAUUCAGUACGGCUGCUCCAGUCAACUAAAGUUCUUCCUGUGCUCUGUGUAUGUCCCUAUGUGCACAGAUAAGGUUCCUAUCCCCAUCGGUCCCUGUGGCAGCAUGUGUCUGUCCGUCAAGAGGAAAUGUCUGCCUGUUCUGAACGAGUUUGGAUUUAUUUGGCCCGACGUGCUCAACUGCAGCCUGUUUCCUCCGCAGAACGACCAGAACCACAUGUGUAUGGAGGGCCCGGGAGACGAGGACGGCCCGUUCCACUCCGUCCUGUCUCUUCCUCGGGAGGAAGAGUGUCAGACUUUGGGUUCUGUUACGGAUCAGUACGUCUGGGUCAAGCGGAGCCACAGCUGUGCGCUGCAGUGUGGGUACGAUGCCGGGCUGUACCGGCGCCAGGCCAAGGUCUUCACUGACGUGUGGAUGUCUGUUUGGGCCGUGCUCUGUUUCAUCUCCACCGCCUUCACGGUUCUCACCUUCCUCGUGGAUUCCUCGCGCUUCUCGUAUCCAGAGAGACCCAUCAUCUUCCUCAGCAUGUGCUACAACAUCUACAGUGUGGCGUUUGUGGUGCGUCUGACCGUGGGGCGGGAACGCAUCUCCUGUGACCUGGGCGAAGCGGCCACGCCGGUGCUGGUUCAGGAGGGGCUGAAGAACACGGGUUGCGCCAUCGUGUUUCUCCUCAUGUACUUCUUCGGCAUGGCCUCGUCCGUCUGGUGGGUCAUUCUCACCCUUACCUGGUUCCUGGCUGCAGGGUUAAAGUGGGGUCAUGAGGCCAUUGAAAUGCACAGCUCCUAUUUCCACAUCGGCGCCUGGGCCAUCCCCGCCGUGAAGACCAUCGUCAUCCUCAUCAUGCGGCUGGUGGAUGCCGACGACCUCACGGGGCUCUGUUACGUGGGUCAUCAGCACCUGGACGCGCUGACUGGCUUUGUGGUCGCGCCGCUUUUCACGUACCUGGUGAUGGGAACGCUGUUCAUCGGCGCCGGUCUGGUCGCCCUGUUUAAGAUCCGGUCGAACCUGCAGAAAGACGGAACCAAAACAGACAAACUGGAACGUCUGAUGGUGAAAAUCGGCGUGUUCUCGGUUCUCUACACGGUUCCUGCCACGUGCGUCAUCGCCUGCUACUUCUACCAGAUUUCCAACUGGGAGGACUUUAAGCAGACGGCGCGGGAUUCUUACAUGGCCUCGGAGAUGCUGAGGAUCUUCAUGUCCCUGCUGGUGGGCAUCACGUCGGGCAUGUGGAUCUGGUCGGCCAAAACGCUGCACACCUGGCAGAGGUGCUCCAGCAGACUGCUCCACAGCAGCCGUGCGAGGAGAGGAGACAGGAAGGGAGUGAGCUGGCCCAAAGCCACCAAGGGCAGCGAGACUGUGGUGUGAGACAGAGAGAGAGAGAGACGAGAGGAAAAGACAAAGAAAAAACCUCAUUCAGAGUGAAAGGAUGAAUGGACAGAUAAUUAGAUAGAAAGAGAGGGAGAGGCAGGGAAGAGAAUGGAGAAGAAGUUACACCGUGUGGCCCGUGUAUGUGUCUCAGAUGUGUGGACUGUCAGAAAUCUCUCACCUGAACUUUUAUUACAGUAUGUAGCAGUUUGAUAGAGUCUCUGGAAAACCGUGCAUUUAACUGAGGAGCUUAUUUAUGUAUUGACUGAUUUUACACUGGAAGGUCUUGGUUAUGAUAUGCAGUGAUGAAAUGAAUGCAGCACAAUGAGCGUGAAGCACUGUGUGUCCUUAUGGAAAUGAUUAAGUGCCUUGGUCUAAAAAUGACUUUGUUUAGCCAAUGCAAUUUAGUGCUGUUUUUCUCCUACUGUGGUAUCUGUGAGCUGUACUGCAGCAAAGACAUCUGGGAAAUGUAGUCACUACUCAGCGAUAAGGCACAGAUUACCUCACAUACAUUUACGACUGCCAAUACUCUGAAAUACUCUCUGGUCUAGACAGGUGCCUUCUGGUCUGUUCUGUGGCCAGGACAUGAUACAUUAUAAAGCUGUUUUUCCACAAGUGAACUUAUAAAAUCAGAAAAUGUCUUUUGGAUCAUCAUUAAGACCCUACCCUCAACAGACACCCUUAGCUC